GCAGCCUGCAAGCAAUAUACAGUGGAUGGAUUCUUUUAUCCAAAUCCCAUGGUACAGGACCAGUCAAGGCUAGCACAGCAUUUUCGAUUAGCCUAUUAAAUGCUUGGCUCAGGCAGAGUGGAGUGGUGCACAAUUAGUUUAUUGUUCCUUGUGUGUUCAAGCUAAAUAGAACUGCAGGAGUGUGGAAAAGCGAAUACAUCGCUGUGGAUAUGGAAUAAGGGAGUUGCUCAGCUUAUGCAGCUAGGAGGAUCUUCAGUUGCUAACUCUGGGAACUACAGUCAGGCAGUUAUUAGCAUAUGUUCAGUGUGGCUUUACGGAGUCCCUCAGUGGUUAAUCACAGUAACUGCGCUCUCAGUUUUAGGGCUGCUGGAAUCAUUGUUUGCUGGCUGUCAUAAUGGAACCUAACAGUCCCAAAAAGAUUCAGUUUGCAAUGCCGCUAUUUCAAAGUCAGCUCGAUCCAGAAGCAGCUGAACAGAUCAGGAGAAGAAGGCCCACUCCAGCAUCACUGGUCAUUCUGAAUGAUCAGUCAUCACCAGAAGUUGAUGACAAGAAGACAGCGAAUUCACAAGGAGAUUCACUGGAUUCAUCUCCAAAACAAAGGAAGCAGAGCGUAUAUACACCUCCUACUAUGAAAGAAUUGCAACUCCUGGUGGAGCAGCAUCUUCAGAAACAAGAUCAGGUGGAGCCCGACUUCUCAGAAAGCGAUACCAGCUGUUUAGACGAACUGAGCCCACUGACAAAUGAGUGCUGUCAUGGCAACGGAGCCCCAGCCUUCCUGCCAGACCCUGACUGGGGCACUCAGAAUGGCUGUGAACACAGUGGUAGUGAAAAUGGCGUCAAACUGCUACUCAAAACUGAAGACCACCCAGACAACUGCUGUACUGGGGGCAGUGAACAGGCAGAUUCCUUUAAAUAUAAUGAGAAUCCACAGUUCUCAAGCCUAACACAGCAACAGAUUGUAACAGAAACUGAUGAGCAGUCUAAGAAACCUAGACGGAAAGAUACCCCAUAUCAUCACACGCCUCCUUUUGUUCCAGGGGUGAAGAUUUUGAAAAGUCAAAAUGAAUCAGCAUUCCCUGAGGAGGAAGAAGGAGCAGAGGAAAGAAAUGAAGGAUGGACCCAUUAGAUGUUAACCAGCAUCUUUUUAAGAAGGGAGAUGUUUUGAAAUUAUGGACUGUUUGCCAAUGUGCAAUGCCCAUGGGAAUUCCAAUUCUGAUAUUUUCAUUUAAGUGCUACAUAUUGAACAAGUUCAUAUCACAACAAAUAGGUUUUCUCUCCUUGUCUCAUACCAACUCAUUCCAACCCCCACUGACAACUCACUUUUAAAGACCUUCUUUAUAAUCAAUUCAUUUUUUCACUAUUAUUGCAAAUAAAGUCCACACUUCCAAAUAUAACCUCUACUUGCCUUUACGCUGGCUUAUAACAGAGAGAACAUACAGUCCCAAUUUAUUUUUAUUAAUAGCUUGUCUGUACUGCAAAAUUUUCCUGAACUCUUCAAAGGAGCUACUGUCUUGAUUGUUGAUAUAAAGUAGUAGUGUACUGUGUUGGUGAUGUCUUGUGUAAGAAACAGAUAGACAACCACACAGAGAUAAAGAUUUCAUCCAUAGAUAAUGACUAGGCAUACCCUAUAUAACCAUAGCCCAACAUAUUGGAUAAGAAGUUACAAUACAUACUCUGUAGCCUGCAUUAUUCUGCCCCUAACUAGAAUAAACUUACAGCUGCAUCCUUCAUAUGGGUACCCCCACCCUGUUUGUUAACCUGACAAUUCCUUGGACAGGCUGGUCUAUACAUCCACCACUCACUCUGUGAGAAAAGUAAACUGAACAUGAAAUACUUUUGUGUUAUUGUGUUUUUGCUUGCAUUGAGCUUGAUAUGGUAGAUUGUAUGUUUCUAAACAUACAUUUAUUGAAUAAUCCCCAUAGUACUAUAACCUAUCAGUGGUGAACUUAAUGACAUGUAUCAUAAAAAGGGCAUAUUAUCUGGCAAAUAUAAAUGGUCUAUGAGAGAUUUAAACACUGAAGUCCAAGAUAAAAACCCAGAUUAUUGACACAAUGGAACACUUCCCUCGGUGUCAUCAAGCUAACAUGGACUUUCUUUUAACGUAUUCUUUAGUAUAAUUUAUGGAAUAAUUACCAAAGCGUAAUAUUGAUCUUACAAUAUUUUUUGUCAUCACUUAUGAUUUAAAAUAGUAGUUUGCAAUACUGUCAUUGACCCAUUUACUACUGUGCAAGCUUAUUUACUGACAUUGGUGUUAUCAGCAUUUUUGAAUCUAAUGUAAAUAGUACUGUUUCAAAAUUACAAAUAAAUAUAAAACUCAAUUUUA